ACCUCGGCCCCACGGUCCCUGUGACCUUGAUGACCCUCUUCACCCGGCCCGUGGUUCUGCCUUGUGCCUUCGCUAUGAGCGCCAGUCCCACCCGCGCUCUCGUUCGAAAUCUGAUUCAAAAACAUGGAGGAACGCUCUAUGACCCGAGAAUGUCAGACCAAGCUGAUCAUCGCAUUCGUCUGAGCGAGCCGGGCAAGUUGGUUUUGGGUCAGGACACGGAUAUCUUUGAUCAUAGAUUCAUCAAGGCUUGUGUCGAUGCCGGCCGCAUUUUGCCCAAUAUGAGCGACUUUCGUAUGAACCAGCCCUCCUUUUUCGAGGACUACGACCCGCUAGACAUUCUUAUGGGCCGUUCAAAGUGGAGCGAUCUCGUGCGGGCGCCCAAUCCUGGGUCAGAUCAAGGUGAAGAGGGUCGUAAUGACCGGUCUUUUCUCAGGGAAAUGGAACAAAAGCGAUCGGAAAUACACAACCAUGGCGGAAGACAGACCUACACACGUCAAGAUCAACAAGCCAUCUUGGAUUACAUUAAGCUGCAAAAGCGAUAUUCUAACGUAAAGGGUCGACAAUUAUGGGUCCAAAUGGAGAUCGACCGGGUGUGUGGUGGUCAUCAUUCGUGGCAAUCCAUGAAGGAGCAUUUCAGAAAGCAAAUCAUGCCCCAAAUCCAGAACUUCCAAUUGAAGCAAUCUCAAAUUAUUCGAUUUCGGCGAGCCAUGGAUGGAGAUGUUGUUAACGAUGACGAAAGCGAAGAACUAGAGGAUGAACCGGAUCAAGACCCGGACAAAGAGCAAAACCAGAAUGAGAAUCAAGUGACCGUGACUGAAAUAAGUCAGACUAAGAACCAGUUCACCCACGAAGAAGAGCAAUUCAUGGUUUAUUACAUUGUUAAAAACAAAAAGUACUCUCAAUUGAAGAGAGAUUCGUUGUGGCGUGAGAUGAAAAAAGCCAACUUGUGUUGGAACUCUCAUGCCUGGCGUGCAAUGAAACGACAUUUUCUGGAGGAAAUCGUUCCCCGGAUAGAAAUAUAUGAUUUAGCUUCCCCUCAAAUUGCCCGAUUUCGCCGUGCCAAACAACGCGAUUGGGUCAUCGGUAGCGAAGACGAAGAGACAGAAGAGACUAGAAACGAAUCAGUACAACCUGAAGGCGGCAUCCGACCACCUGAUAUUGAGCAAGCACAUCCUGAAAGAGACGCCCGAGAAUCCGACGAAACCGAGUCCGCGGAUAGCUCAAAGGCAAAAAGCAAAAUGAGACCCAGGCAGACGCAGAAUUCCGAAGGUCAAACCACGAUGCAGUCCAUCAAUGUUGCUUGUGGGUCGGCUGGCACCACCAAAAACCAAGAAGUCUCCUUAUCCCAACGGAAGUCCCAAGAAAAUGCCAACCACAAUACCCGAUCCAAGGGCAAAAGGCAGAAGCUUUUCGAUAAUAAAACGCCGACUUUUGAUGAGUUUGAAAGUGGCGUCAUCCUCGCUGGCACGACAAAUCCGCGCAGGUCCUCGCCAGUCAAAUCUAGUUCUGGCUUGUCAAAGUCCGUUUCGCGCCAAUCAGCCAGAAUUUCUACCGCGAGAGGUAAUGUUGAUCCUCAAUCGUCAGUGUCCAGCCAUGGAUCAAGCAAUAGUUACACCAAAGAAGAAGACCAAAAGUUGAUAGACUUCGUAGCUAAUCAUGGGUUGUACGAUCGGCGAAAUGGACGAAGCAUAUGGGUAGCCUUGGAAAGACGAGAUCUUUUGCCCGGCCGAACCUGGCAAUCUAUGAAAACUCGCUACAUAAAGUACAUCGAGCCAAAAUAUAAGCGGGCAGAUCUAAAGAAAGCGGAUCCCAAGAAAGUCAAUCUGGACGAAUCGAGGGCAAUCCAAAAUCAAGCUGGCCACUUUUUUACGCGGAAUGAAGACCAGAAAAUCAUCGAUUUUAUUGUUGAAAAUCGACGAUUUGGAGAAGUGGGCGGCAAUACGUUGUGGAAAUUGAUGGAAGCAAGAAACAUUUUACCGGACCGGACCAGCCAAUCUAUGAAGGAAAGGUUUCGGAAGAGAAUUAUGCCUAAUUUGCAUCUUUUCGACAUUGAACCAGCCGACCGUCUCCGGUUUGGGAAAUAAAACCUGUCUAUUUCCAGAAAAAGUUGCUCAACAACGAACGUGCAUGCAAUUGGACCGGUAAAAAGUGCUAAACAAUAAAAUAUUUUUCAAGCAGGUUGGCUUCUGCUCUGCCCGGCAACUCUGACGACCUCAAUUCGACGUCAUUUCCUUGGCCCUAGACUUGGCCAAAACUUGUGCGUCCGUUUCAUCUUUCGUUUGUUGGUUUAUUCUUUUCCGUGAGUUCGCGGGCAAGUGACUACGAACCAAUGAACGGACGGGUAGACGAAGAGACAGAGAGAUGGAUGGAUGGAUUCCUUCCUCUCUUUCCCUUCACUCCUCGGUUCCACCCGUACUCUGUUAUUCCAAAGCAGAUUGUGUAAGAGAAAGUUGGAGAGCCUUCAAGGCCACGGCCCUGCAAGCUAGAAGGGCGAGGGAUUUUCUUCACGAUCGAGAUGGAACUGACGGCUCGCUCGCUGGAUGGAACAAGAACGAGCUACGAAGGAAGGCCUCUCUCCUUCUUUCACAGCUCACGAACUAGUCGUACCUCUCUGGCCUCCUUUUGGCUGUUUCUCUCUCUCUCUCUUUCUCGCUCUUUUCUUCGGAUCGAUACUGCAAUUCAAGCACUUCCUUCACUACUCUUUCACUGAGGGAGAAAGGAAUCUGGAUUCUGGUAGAAUUUUUGGAAAAUAUUACAAACUCAGUGGAAACCUGAUCGGACUAAACGGGUAGAAAACGGCUCAGAAGAAUCUUGAUCGCACGCACGCUCGCUCGUGGAUAAAAUACAGCGUCCUCAUUCGUUUUCUAAAAUGGACCUCACUCCCAUCUUUAGCUAAUUUGUGCUAUUCAUCGAGACCUUAACGCUUCUCCCUGCUGCAAUAUGUCAUCGUUGUUCGUCGGUCGGAGGGACAUGUUAUUGAAAUGAAUUCUUCAAGAGUUUGUUGAGGAUGCCUCGCCAGAAAUUUUGCUCUGUUCCCGGUUGCUUGUCCACCACUGAACUGAUCAAAAAAGAACAAGAGACGUUUCUGGCCGAAUUUUGUACUCGCUGCGAGAUCGUUCGACCUUGCCGUUGUCCAGCUCCAGACAUCUUCACCACGCGCAAAGAGACUCGAUCCAAAUUCGCUUCUUGGUGCGGAGCCAUCGGGCUCAAAGAUCCCGGGUACUAUAUCAACGUUUGUUACAAACAUUUCUCAUUGGGUUGUCCGUCGCGAAAUUGUCCUAAUCCGGAUGUGGUGGUCCCAGUGUGGGAGAAGCAUAUUCGCGAUCGCAUGAAUAACAACCAUUUGUCGUCGUCGCACAACUUGAAAGCCCCCUUGAAACGAGCUCACAACUCGGGGACGUCAUCACCCUCGCCGUCACCAUCACCCACUGCCAAACUGAAAUCCACCAAAUUGACCCCGUCAUCGCCUGAUACAAUCAACGUUGACGUGGUGGCCACGAAAAGUGCGGCUCCAAUCUUUAAGACUAACUCCACGCCCAUCGUCGAAGUGAAGAGCUCAAGCAAAUCCAGCAUGACUCCCGUGCAGAACUUAAUCCAAUUGCCGUCUGUACCCAUCCUCCGACCCAUCACAGGUGGACCUCGUCCCACAAUCGUGCGGUCUGGAUCCACAGGGAGCACGCAUUCCUCAACGGCAUCAAGCCCUGAGCAAGAGAAUGGCAAUUCCAGCGAUGGGAGUGUCUACACCUAUUCAACUGGACGCUCCUCGGAGGCAGUUGGACCUUUGAAUCGCGUGCUUCCUCCCAAUAUUCGACACUUACUCUCAUCUCUUUUACAAAAAGAAACAUCGCACUCCGCGAUGAUAUGUCAGACCUCCAUUAAUGCGACGAGCUCUGCUUCGUUGACUCGGCUUACUCUUCCGGUGACUUCUAUGAAGGCCGAGCCAAUGGACAUUAGUCUCAAUAACAACCAUAGCCCGGUAACCCCAAUCUCUACCAACAUGCUCUCUUUAAAGCCCCUUCCCCUAAACACUUUGAUAUCCAGUAAGACUCCCCCGUCGAUGGUAGCCACAUCCAAACUCCCGACGAUGACCCAAAUCAAGGUUGUACUUCCUCAAACCCCACUCCCGAUUUCUUCUGUGCGAGAUGAGCCUGACAAGUUCAACACACCCCUUCCGAAUCUUGUGACGAAGAUCGCCACUCCGUCGGCCUUGCCACCCAUUGUAAACAGGACCAUUAAGCGAGAAAUGAAAUCUCCUCUUCCCGAAGUCAAAGCUCAACAACAAAACACAAUGCGGACCGCUCAUCCUCCCCC